AUAUAUUGUCUCUGUUUUUCCUUAUUUCCUGAAGCUGCUGUGUUGUAGUGAAUAAAUACCCUUGAAUAGUUAAUCCUGAGCCAAACUCAGCGACUUAAAAGAGGGAUUUUCCAGGCUUGGGUGUGCAGAAGCAGUGUGCAGCCUUUCAUCAAGAUGUUGAACAUCAGCGAGUUGUCUCUGCACCAUCUCACCUCCAAAAGAUCAGACCGUCUCCUGCAGCCGCUCUGGGACUAUCUGCUUCUUCACCACCUGCCUCUCAUCUCAUCUCCUUUCUUGCCGGUCCUGCUCGCUUUUUGCAGCUACUUUUUCUUCAGUUUACCUUUUGCAGUCAUGGACCUGUUAGGAGAAAGAGUUGUUUUUUUCCACCAAUAUAAGAUCCAGCCACAGAGGCAGCCCACACUUGGAAUGAUGGCGAGGAGCUUCCUGACAGCUCUUUUUAACCACAUCGUAUUUGUCCUGCCAAGUGUGAUGAUUGGUACGUUCAUCUUACCUCCACCAGCGAUACCUCAGGAAGCCCCUGCCCUUCAUAACGUCUUCAUAGAUGGACUGGCUCUUCUUCUCCUCUUUGACACGCAAUACUACAUCUGGCAUUUUAUACACCACAAACACACAGAGCUUUAUCGCUGCAUCCACGCCAUCCACCAUGAAUACACGGCCCCCUUCUCCUGGGCCACCGAGCAGCUCAGCAUCCCAGAGCUCAUUACUGUCGGACUCUGGAGCAACCAGGACCCCGUUCUUCUCAAGUGUCACCCACUGACCACUUGGUGGAUCACAGUGUUCAGUAUCUGGCUGUCUGUGGAGGACCACAUUGGGUACGACCUACCAUGGAGCCUCAAUCAGCUGGUGCCUUUCGGACUGCUGGGGGGAGCGCCAGCUCAUGAUAUGCACCAUCAGAGGCCCAGUGGAAAUUUUGCUCCCUUUUUCAGCCACUGGGACAGACUCUUUGGUACGACUGUCCCACUGAAAAAAAAAGCGAUGUUAGGUCAGCUACAUAAAUAGAGACAUGUUUGUGAACCUGUUCACCCAUAUCUGCUGCAUUACCUCUUAAUAUUAUUGCUUUGAUUUCAUGGAUGCAUGGAUGAUGUAAAACAAGACAUACAAGUGCCCUAUAUGUAUAUACUGCUUGAAUCAUGUUGAAAGAAAAUGUUACUUAUGUAUGAUUUUUUUUUAGUUGCAAAUAUCAUCAGUCACCAUAUCUAUUUGCUGAGUCAUUCAUUUGUCCAGUCAUUGGCCACACUAAUGCCCAGCAGCCAUGUGAGCAAACUCAGACUCCUUUUCUCAUGAUCCUAUUGCAUAAUUCUAAAUCUUUACACGUGUUAAUUCAUUCAUAUUUUACCUACUGUAGGAAAAAGGGUGGCUUUAGAAGGUUGCUUGCAGGUCAUGCAUAGCAUUAAGAAAAAGA